UCCAUUUCCAUUACAAUUUUCUUUCGCUCUUAUUUUUCGGUCGAUAUUACUUAGCACCAAAAAAAGGACUAAUCCAUCUAAACAAAUGGAUCCAUGUCCUUUUGUGCGAAUUGUUAUCGGGAAUUUAAAUCUUAAAUUCCCGGGUAACGAUUCGCAAUCUUGUUAUUGCAAGAUCAAGCUCAAAAAUUUGCCAACACAAACAGUUGAUAUUACAAAUAAUGUUGAUAAUGAUGAUAGUCAAAUAUCAGACCAAAUUCAAGCAUGUUUCAACUUCAAAAAAUCAGAUUUUGACAAGUAUGUUGAAAAAUACAAGACUUUUAAGAUUGAGAUAUAUUCUAACAAAAAUGGACGUGGUUACCCGGUUUGUGGUUUCGGGUCGGGUAAGCUUGUUGGGGUUGUUUCUAUUGGGUUGGAUUCAAAGAUAUUGGAUAGUAAUAAUAACUCAUGGGGUGGUGUUGUGUUGAAAAAUGGAUGGAUGAAAGUUGGCGAUGACUUGAGUUACAAGAAAUCAUGUGUUGAGUUGCAUUUGAAUGUUCGGGUUGAACCCGACCCGAGAUUUGUAUUUGAGUUUGAUGGUGAACCUGAAUGUAGUCCUCAAGUUUUUCAGGUUAAUGGAAAUGUUCGUCAAGCUGUCUUUACUUGCAAAUUCAGUUUCAGAAAUUCCAAUGAUCGCAAUUUGAGAUCUGGGUCAACGCUAUCGGAAGUAAAGAACCAAGGAAAGGUAGUAAAAGAACGAAAAGGAUGGUCGAUCACAAUCCAUGAUUUAUCUGGGUCGCCGGUGGCCAUGGCUUCAAUGGUAACACCGUUUGUCCCAUCACAUGGGACAGACGAUGUCCGGAGAUCUAAUCCGGGCGCAUGGCUAAUCCUGCGCCCGGGUCAGAACACAUGGAAGCCAUGGGGGCGACUAGAAGCAUGGCGGGAGUCCACCGGGGACUAUCUUGGCUAUAAAUUUGAAUUACUUCCAGAUGGAGCAACAGCUGGACUUGACCCGAUUACUUUAUCGAACUCUACUAUUAGUUCCAAAAAUGGUGGAAAGUUCACCAUAGAUAUCGGAAAUGGAUCCUCACCAAUGACUACACCAACGGGUAGUUUUGACUCCGGGUCGGGAUCCGGGUCGGAUUUUUGGUCCUCAUCAUGGGCACAGUUAAUGUACCAUGGGUUUGUGAUGUCAUCAAAAGUCGCGGGCAAAGGUCGAUAUAGUAAGCCCGAGGUCGAGAUCGGGGUUCACCAUGUGACUUGUACGGAGGAUGCGGCCGCAUUUGUUGCAUUGGCGGCCGCAGUGGAUUUGAGUGUGGAUGCUUGCCAGUCGUUUUCUCAAAAGCUUCGUAAGGAGCUCAGACACGACGGUGAAUAGUAUCUUUUAAAAAAAAUAUCUUUUUGGUUUAUUUCUAUUAUUAAAUUUUGAGGCCAGAGAGUGUACAGUGAGAUUGCUUCACGAGGGGUUUUUAAUUACUUUAAAUUUUGUUAAUGAGUUAUUUUUGGGUGAUUAAUGUAUGUACAGCUGUUUAUAAUAAAGAGAUUUAUGAUUUGGUGUAGGA